AUGCGCGCAUAUUAUGUCCGCGCCAUUAGUCUCCGUGCAAGGAUUUUGAAAUACGUUAAAGCGUUAGAGGGUGAAAUACCAUGGGAGUUGGAGACGUCGAAGUUCUCCCUUCUGAAUGCGGAGCUUCAGAGUCUCGAGCGCUCCAUUCCGGAUACAUUUAAGAUGACUACCCCAAACAAAUAUCUUUACAAGGCCUUGGGGAGACUCAAUCUAUUUUUCGGUCUUCACAUUCUGCUAGCACAAACGUCCAAUGAUUUAUAUCGCAUCUGUGUGGCACAGCUAGUAUUUCCCAACACUUCAACAAAAUGGAUCCGAGAAAAUGCACCACAAGCCUUUUCUGAGAGAUGUCACUGGAUGUGUUUGAAGAAGGCUGUGUACGUCGCGAAGCUCUUGAAGGACCUUUGGUUGUUCCACCGGCCAAGUCUUAUUGAUACUUCUUACGCAAACCAUGUUCAGAUUUGCAGCAGUGUUUUGCUCACCACUCUUCUCUCGUGGGGUGAAGCAGAGCCUUUGCUUCCCCACAUUGAAUUGAAUGACUAUGAGAACAUGUUGCGAGAUAAUUUGACCAUUUUGCAGUAUUUGCAAAGAUACAUUAAGGUGGAUGCCUACUGUCAGUCAGCAAGAGAAGCCCUAAGGCGAUUCAAAAAGCUAUUGCCGGUGGGGGAGCUGUCAAAAACAAACCACUCCUCAACCGGCCGCGGGGUCGAUAAUCAGAAUGUGUCAUACUCACAGUCGUCUCUUGACUAUAUCUUGAAUCCAUUAGGGACAUAUCCUUUGGCCCGAAAGCAAACACAAGACCACGAUACAUUGAAUUCUUCUGUGGAAGUCAUAAUGAGCGAAUCUUUCGACGUUAUGACUGAGCCCCAGCCACCAACGGCCAAUAGCAACAUCGGAAGCUUUGGUGACCUUGUCUCCUCCAGCCCCUUCGACUGGUCAGAGACUCUCAUCUUUGAUUCAGCAGGGUAUCCCACUUUCUUAGAUGAGCUUACAGGGUGGAAUGCUCAAACACUAGAGUGGAAUGAAUUAAGCAGUGAAUAA